ACGUCCUUCUCAUCUGCUGCGGCGACUGGACAGCGGCCAUUGCGACUGGACAGCGGCCAUUGUGACUCUGACAUGUCGAUGAUUCCCUACCAGAGCUUGGCCUAUAAGGCCACCGCAUCGAGUGAUCUUGACGAAAAGCUCAUAGAUGGAAAGCUCAUAUCGAUAUCGGCAAUGAUGCCAUACAGCGCAUGGAAUGUUGAGGAGCUCAGAUGGGAGGUAUAUCGACGAUACAACUGCAAGGCUGGUGGCACAUCAAGAGCGAUGGCGGAUUUUGCCGAGGCGGCCACUCCCGAUCAGACCACAACUGACUUUGCCACUGGCACAUUAAGAGGGACGGCAAAUUUUACAAAUUUUGCAACGGCGGCGGCUACUCCCGAUCGGACCGCAGGUGGCACUGGCUUUCUUCUUGGGACAGCAAAGGCAAUGGAGAACUCUGUGACGGCGGCUACUCCCAAUCGGACCGCAAGUGGCACUGGAUUUCCUCUUGGGACAUCAAAGGGGAGGACGAAUUCUGCGACGGCGGCCACUCUGGGUCACGGUCAGACCACAGGUGCCACUGGCUUCCUUCUUAGGACAUCAAUCCCAAAUUUUGCGACGGAGGCCACUCCCGGUCCGACCACAAGUGGUCCUAGGUUCCCUGCUGGUACAACAAGAGAGAUGGGAAAUUCUGCCACGGCGGCCACUCCGGGUCAGACCACAGGCGGCACUGGCUUUGGGACACCAAUCCUAAGUUUUGAGACGGCGGCCACUUCUCCUGGUCUGACCACAAGUGGCACUGGAUUUCCUUUUGGUACAUCAACGGGGAUGAAGAAUUCUGCGACCGCGGCCACUCUGGGUCAGACCACAGGUGGCACUGGCCUUGGCUUUGGGACAUCCAUCCUAAAUUUUGAGCCGGCGGGCACUUCUCCUGGUCCGACCACAAGUGGCACUGGCUUCCCUGUUGGCACAUCAAGAGGGAUGGCGAAUUCUGCGACGGCAGCCACUCUCGGUCAGACCACAGGUGGCAUUGCCUGUGGCUUCGGGACAUCGAUCCUAGACUUUGAGAUGGCGGGCACUUCUCCUGGUCCGACCACGGGUGGGCCUGGCUUCCCUGUUGGCACAUCACCUGUUGGCACAUCAAGAGGGAUGGCGAACUCCGCAACAGCAGCCGCUCUCGGUCCGACCACAAGUGGUGGCCCUGGCUUCCCUGUUGGCACAUCAAGAUUGAUGGGGAAUUUUGCGACGAUGGGGCUGGGUAUUCCUACUGUUUCCUCAAUUCUACUGCGGCCAGUGGAUGAAGAUAAUGAGAAUGGCUCUAAAGGUGAUGACAACGUUUGGUCGGACAAGGAAGAUGGAGAACAUCAAGGGGGGAAGGAGUCUGACAAACGGUGUGAUGACGAUGAGAAUGACUGUGAAGACGAGAACAACGCCCGGCCUGACGAGGGAGACGGAGAAAUUCAGGGGGGGGAGGAGUUUGAGAAGCCAUGGGAUGACGGUCAGAAUGACGCCGAAGUCGAUGACAACCGUCAGGUGGACAAUGAAGGGGGAGUUAGUGUAGUGCAGAGGAGGGAGGAGCCAAAGAAGCUGGAUGAUGAUAAGAUUGGCACUGAAAAUGGUAACCAUGGCCAGCCAUAUGACAAAGCUGGAGAGCCGGAUUGGAAAGUUGGGGGUAUUCAGGGGGAAAGGGAGGGGGUUGUCGGUGUAUUCCCUGGUCGACGGAACUUAGAUGGCGUUUGGAGUUUGAUUACGAGUCAUGAUUCAAGUGAGGGGGCGGUUCCUGCCGCUCAGAUCGGACAAAAAGUGAUGGAAUCUGUACGUACAGAUAACGGGGACGCGAGUGAAGAGGUUGUGGCGGGUCGUCCAAUAAGUGAGCGGGUGGUGGCAGGCCACCCUGCUGAGGAUAAGAAGAUAGAGCAUCUGAGCAACGGAGAGGUUUCUUCCAUUGACUUUGGUGAACGCCAAGAUGCGGGCAGUGCAAAAAGUAGUGUGUCGCCUACGACGCCCUGUGUACAAGAAAAGGUUGUGGUUCUUCCUUCCGUGGACCGUUCAGUCGACAGCCAGAAGGCCCACAACCAAGGCAGCAUGGAAGGGGGUGUCCUUACUAAGGAGAGGAAUAUUUGUUGUGACAGGGAGAGGAAGAUUAGUUGUGACAGGGAGCACAUACCAUAUCCUGCCUUGUCACCGUGGCUUGAGGAGAAGGAGAAUAGAAAGCAUAAGCUUGAGUUCGUAUCUGCUGCAGGGAAUGUCCUUGAUCGUCCAGAAUUGCUUGAUGUCACAUUCGUCUGCGAGGGUGGAAAACAGGUGCGAGCAAAUCGAGCGCUGUUGGCAAUCGGAAGUGAGUACUUUUGCAAGUUGUUUUAUGGCGAGAGGAGGGAUGGUUCAACGGACACAGUAAAUCUUCCCACUGCAAGAGCAGGUGGUCUCCGCAUUGUGGUCAGUUACCUGCACUGCCGCCCGUUUGCAUGGAGCUCUGACAGUUGCUGGGAUGAUUUCAUCGAUGCAUACUGUUUGGCAGCUGAGUAUCAGGUCGACAGCUUGUGCAAAAGAAUCUUACUCCUCAUCUCCACGCUCGGUUAUCCAUGCGAGCUUGGCGAUCUGCUAAACACUGCAGUCCGGCGGCAAGCACAAGCCGAGGAAGUGCUCAAGGCUGCAGCCAAAGUAUUGAGCCAAGUUAUGGCCUUUGAUUCGUCGACGUUCAAAGGGUGGAGCAAGGAGAGCAUCCUGUACUGUCUGGAAAAUGUGCGAUUCCAUCCGAAUGUGACGGAGACAAUGGUUGCUGAAUCUGUUCUCUGCGCAGCGUCGAACGUCAGUCAUGUUACCGUUGGUCACGGGCCCCAUCCUACCCAAGGGAAUCCUCAUUCUAUUCAAGGGGAUCUUCAUUCGACGCAAGGGAAUCUUCAUCCUACGCUCGGAAAUCAUCAUCCUACGCAAGGGAAUCUUCAUUCGUUGCAAGGGAAUCUUCAUUCGACGCAAGGGAAUCUUCAUCCUGCGGAAGAGAAUCAUUAUGUGCAUGUAUCUGCAGUGGGGGAUUCUGCUGCUGAGGAACGAGGAGGUCCAUUAUCGAGGGAGGACUUGCAAAAGAUAUUUGAAUGCCACAUCAACCUUGCAUUUGUUGAGCCCUUGUGUGUGAGGAACAGGAUCGAGCCCCUGGGAAUCUUACGACGCGAGGUGCUCGCUGAAGUGUACAGAGUGCAGUCCAUCUCCCUCUCAAGAGGAUCGUCAACGAAAUCGCUCUUUACGAUACCGUGGCGUUCUCUAGUUCCAAAGGUGUCAUUCGUGCCUGUGGAUAAAGAAGAAGGCGGAGUUAGUAGUUCUUACGCCUCGAUCUCGAUCCCAAGUUUUUGGGCCUUCGAUUCCGAGACAACGUACACGACUCCGGACGAGCUACCCCAGCAAGUUGAGUGCUGCGAUGAUAUGGGAACGGCAAUAAUGCGGCUGCCUCUUGACAGUGGUUUGCACAUUUGGAGAAUCCAAGUAGUGAAGGCGAGUGCGGGUUUCAAAGUUGAAGUUGGUGUCGUUCCAGCAGAGGGAAGUGACGAGUCUGGUGUGCCGCAAUGGGAAGACGGCUGGGCGAUUCACGGAGACUUGUCGGAUGCAGAAGCUGCGACGGACUUGCAUAGGUUCGUUGAUUUUAAGUACUCGGAUGGAUUCGUAGCCUCAUCUGGGAUUCAGAAGUUCAAUAAAUCUGGGGAUAAUGUAUUUGUGGUACUGGACAUAGUGAAGCGAUCACUGACCUUUGCCAAUAGACUAGAGCACUAUCUCGAACGCAGUGGAGAUUAUCCUGCUGCCUUUUCAGACCUCGCAUGUGAUUUGCCGCUGCAUCCGCUUUUGUGGAUGAGAGGUGUAGGAUGUGUUGAGAUAGAAUGGAUUCAAAGUUCCCCUCGCCCGAAAUUUGUCCGGGCGAUGCGUGCAUGAUAAACUGAAGACAGGCACCGGACAACUGCACAGGACCAGACCGUCCGGACCAGUUUUUUCACCGAACGGCGAACACGAGAAAUGUCUGGAUCGGGAAAAAAAAAAAAAAAAAAAAAAAAAAAGAACAUCAGUAAGAAACAGUACUAAACUUAGUACAUUAGUAAUAAACAGUACUAAACUUAAGUAGAUGAGUAAUAAACAGUACUGAACUUAGUACAUUAGUACUAGACAGUACUAGACAGUACUAAACAGAAAUGAAUUGCACACAAUCAA